AAUGAAGGUUAUAAUGAAGGUUACACGAAUGACGAUUAGUAGUUGAGUCUGAAAAAAAUAAACAAACAUGGAAACAAACAUUUUUACUGCUGGAAUUUAGUGUAUGAGAACAAGGAGCCAGUGGUAGGGUGACCACCUGUCUUAAAAUUUGAGAGCUUUGUCACUCUUCCUGCAAAACGUAAGCAGUGUCCUGCAUUUCAAUUUUGUGUGUAUUAUUUUUUUUUUUACCUGAAAUUACAAUACCACAAUAAGAAAUAUAAUUUCAAAAAAUGUGAUUGCCAUUUAAAAAUCCAUUAGUGCAGCAGUCAUGUUAUAGCUAGUGUGGGGAAAAUAACAACCAAAGCAUUCAUAGAGAGGGUUUUUUCUGCUGAUGAUGACUGGACGGAGCAAAGGAAUCAGUGUGGACCUCAUCAAAAGUCGUUAAAUACAGCCAGGCAGGAUUUAAAUUUUUUUUUGAAGAUGAGGAAUAUUAGCCAGGCUGGAGCUUUUUUUUUUUUUUACAGAGGUUUGAUUGCCAGGAGUGAGUUGCAGUAGUCAGACGGAGGUUGAGUGAGGAGGUGAUUUGACAGAAACUUUGCUUGUUCCUCUCAGAGGAUGAAUCUGAGGAUCCUGUGGUGGUGAAAAUGGCUUUGCAGGUGUGUAGAGAGGACCUUACCAAAGUCCAAGUUGAGCUUAACCGCCUCCAAGCCGAAUACAGUGAUGUGGUCCCACGACGAGACUGGGAUAACCUGAAUCAUAUGCAUGAGGAGACUUUAAUAAAGCUGGAAACCUUACAGACAGACUUUGACCAGUUAAAGUCUGAGUAUGACACACUGCUUGAGGUUCAUCGUCAGUCAGCACCUGCUGUGUUACACUCCAAUCAGUCUGUGCUGCAACAUGGCUCUGAUAACAAACACAUUGUUACAACUCCCAGACCAAACUGGGAACAAUGUUCAGACAUACUAGGAGGCAGUGAGCGAUGUAAAGAGCUCUUUGAAGGUCAAUCCAGCCAAAAGAGGCUGGAGAUCUUGCUGCAGCAGAUGAAUGGCCAAAAUGAGUUCUUCACUGGUCUUGGCACAUCCAGUGACGUCCCCAUUUAUCUACAGUAUGAGGGGAAACUUAAGAAUCUUAAACUCAAGAAAGCAGAUGUAGUCAGAGUUAUUAAAGACAUCUGGAGGGAAAAAACUUCAGAGAAUGAAAAGAAUGAUGACUCCAGAGAUCUGCAGAUGUUUCUUCACAGCUAUCUUGUGGAACAUUAUAAGGAUAAGGCAGGAGAGUGGGCUUACAGCUUGAUGGAAAGCAUUCAGAACAAUCUUGAAGAUUAUCUCAUUUGCCUUUUUAAUGACAUCUUGAUUGGGAAGGUUGAUGAGAGUAUCUACCAUGGACAGACUCAGCUGCUGUCUCACUUGCUCAAGGUUUUAAUUCAAAGUGACACAACACAAUGCGGAUCACUAACUGUCUUAGAAUUUAGUGAUGCAUUGAAGAAGGCCUUCCCUCUGAAAGAUCAAGACAUAGAGGAGCUGUUGGCGGUGGCUCAGACAGAGCUGAAGAGUAAUGGAGUGCGCAUUGCUUAUCAGACACUUUAUACAGAGGACACAGAUGGAAGACACAAAGAAUUCCUGAGUCUAGUUAAAAAACAAGCUACUGCUGAGAGACUCCAGUACAUCAGCGAGCUGAGAAUGCAACUAGAAGGCAAACGGGAAGUGGAUGCAGAGCACCUCAGGACUGCCUUCAAGACUAUCGAUCCCUCACUGGAUUCUGAAACUCUGGACUGGAAUCUCGGUGUAGCUUUUCAGACAAAGGAGGGUGAAUUACGAGCUCAAGCUUUGAACACCGAGGUUGUGCUACAGCGUCUCUCUGUGGCUAAUGUAAAAAGGGCAGGGCCUAAGUGAUGACAGUUGUUACAUCAAGCACAUUUCCAAUCUUUUUAUAGCACACUACAUAUAUAAACCAAGCACAGCACUAGGGUAUAGAAAUAUCUUAAUACUUUAAUAGUUUGCAUAUUGUUAUGUAAUUAGAUAAAUCACAUAUCAAGAAUAACACAAUAAUUAAAUAAUAAAAAAAUUAUUUAAAUAGCCUCAUGUCUCUGCGUGCUCCUUUAACAUAUUAUUUUUUGCUUUUUUUAUUAAAAAGAAACUG